GCUGCUCUUCCUCGUCUCCUGCUCUCUUGGUCUGUGUCCCGGCCCUAUCUACACCUACCUUACCUUCCAGACUACAACGGCCUCAUGUACCUCGUGUACACUAUCCUUCCCCCUGUCCCUUCCUCGAACCCUGGCGAUGGUCCCCGCUGCUUUCUAUCCUGGAGAGUGGCACUCGUUCAAAUCGUCUCGACUGGCAGGCUCCCCUUGCGAAAAAAAUACAAACCUUUAGAUCGGCACCAUCGCUGUCCACUUCGCUCGUCAUUAAUAGGCCGCGGCCAUCUCGUCCUCGCGAGGCUCUCUUCUCAUUCAUCCCACUUGACAAGUCCAAUUACGGAGAGGCAGACUUCACUGACUCUUUGAAUUCUUUAUUACCGUCCAUCUUCCCCCCUUCCCAUCCUCUUAUAAGACAAGACAAGCUUCACACAACCACAAACCAUCAAAGCUCUUGCCUACAUCUAACUCUUUGGAGUUUCCCAUUGCCACUUACACACCACUCUCCACAACCUCAACACUUUCACUUCCACAUUCCACAUCUACUCCAACUGUCCACAAACUCCUCUUGGUCACCAUUUGAUCAUGACGAGCCAGAACUACGUCGAACAAACCACUAUGCAUUCAGACGGACUAUCAGACCCCAUGCCCAGCAGGCGCACCUCAGUGGCACAGCCUCCUACCACAAUCUAUCCAGACCUCAGAAGCCCUCCUUUUGCAGUCACAACUUUCAACCAUCAGUCGCAACUUGGUGAAUCCCACAUGUUGACUCCAGUAUCUGGUGGCGGCUCGCCCUGCAUGCAACAAACAACAACUCUUCCCCAGUACCCAUCAGCGAUGGCUCCCAUGCAGCCCCAGUCCAGUCCUUCCGGAUCCUCCAGGAUGGCUUGGCAUAACACUGUGGCUAUGAGUGCUCCCCAGAGCCAGGUUGGCUCCCCUAUGGCCAUGAACCCUCCCACAACCGAGAGUCAUUUCGAGAUGAACUACAUCCAAGCAGAACCUGAGCACGAACGCGAACCUCCCGAAGACUACUACUUUGGUAACUACACGGUCUCCGCGCAACCUCAAUCGGACCAGGGUUCUAUGUCCCCUCAGAUGCCACCCCACGGCUACUACAUGUCUCAACCCCAGCAGCAAAUGAUGCAGCCGCAGCCUAUCAUGGGCGAGCUUUCCAUGGGACAAAUUCCGCAUCCUUCGCAAGCCCAGGCGCAGUACUAUGCCCAGCCUCCGACUCACACCUGGGUAGAGGACUCUGAUAUCACAGCCUUCAAGUCUGAGGCUACUAGGAGACGUUACAUGGGAUACGCCCUUCCAAGCACACAGAUACAACGUCCCGAAGUCGUUCGGGGACCUACCCGAGCCCGUCAAAACAGCCAACAAGCAGCGGGCCGGUGCCAAAGAUCUCCUCGCCUGAGAGGUCGAGCGGAACAGUCCGAGGCAGAAUCAUCUGAAGAGCCGACCGCCGAUGACGAGAUGGCGCAUAUCAACUCGCUCCCCGAUGAAUUCGUCGUCAAACCGGAAUGCCCUGAAGACGUUGCCUUUCUCUUCCAUCGUCAAAGGGAUAUGAUUAUCUCAGGUGGCAAGGGUAACGGAAUGUGGGAUAUCAUUGCGGGCGAGCACAGAGAGAGGUUUGGAAUGACAAGCUCUGCUGCACGUUUGCAAAUGCAGGUGACGAGAGGAAGAUCCAACUUUCUGGAGUGGUCACUCAGAGACAGACAUAAGGUCAAAAUGGCUUUCGAUUUCGUCGAUGCGCAUUAUUUCAAGAUGGUCCACCGCAAGUUCAAGGAGCUCGGCGGUGGACAAACAACUGCGUGGGGCGCAAGUGACGUCGAGUAUCUGGCAGUCGAGCGUGGCAUGGUAGAUUCGGGCUACACGGCCGAGCCUACUACUCAGCCGGGAAAGUCGCGGAGGACAAAGAAGCAGCAAACCCGCCUGAGGAACCUCGCCACAAGCAGCGCCGUCCUGCUUGACGACACAGUCGAAGUACGGCAGAACCCAGAACGGCGACAACAAAUACUCGAUGAAAUAUAUGAGUACCGUGGCGAGGAUCCCGAAGACGGUGUCGACGAAGAGCCCAUGUUCAAGACAGUGGCCAGGGCUCGCCCACGCGGCCGCCAAGUAGAGAUCAAGAUGGAGGAGGAGAGCCCUGAGGAAGAGACGGCAUCCUCGUCCAGCAAGGCCAAGGGCAAGCAGCCUGCCAAGAAAAGAGCACCAGCGAAGCCUAGGGCCGUCAGAGCACGCACGGCACCCAAGCCCAAGUUGGCCUGAAGAAUCGUCGAGGUUCAGACAAAAUCUACGACGCACACAUCAACACCAACUGUGAUGGUGACCUUCACUUCUUCCGACGGUAGCCUCCUAUGAGGUUGGCCUUAGCAUGCUAUUCCCAAGCCCAAGCGGCUGUGAUGACGUAUAGAUUGUUCCUUGUCAUUUUGCAUUCUGUUUCCUUUUGGUUUGGUCUUGGAUUUCUUGUUUUGGCUGAAAAGAUACCACUCAUUUCGUAUGGUUUCUCAUCCUGGGAGGGAAAGGAGGACGACAGGCGGCAAGGGCUCUUCUGGGUUCCGCAUAUCAUUAUCUCGCGUACAUUUACAUUUCACUGUCUAUAUUCAUUUAUGCCAUUUGCAACAUUUAUUCACAAACAUAC